AUGCUCGCCGGCUUCGGCGCCGCGCAGGCGCAGGCGCACAUGGGCCUCGUCGGCGGGCGACCCGCUCGCAUCGCGGAGCGCGCGGCGGCCCUCACCGCGUCCCUCUCUGCGAUGGACGCCGCCGGCGCCAACGGCGCGUUUGUGACGAUUCUCACCACCGACGCCGCGAGCCGCGAGGCCGUCGUGCGCACGCACGCGGGGGAGGAGCGCGCCGUGCUCAACGCGGGGUCCAUGGACUACCUCGGGCUCUCGCAGCACCCGGCGGUCGUGGCAGCGGUGACCGACGCCGUGUCCGAGCACGGUUCCUGCCUGACCAACAGCCGCGCGCUGUGCGGGUCGGGGGGCGUGCACCGGGAGCUCGAGGCUGAGCUGGCGGGCUACUUUGGGAAGGAGGCUGCGCUACUCAUGCCCGCGGGAUGGCUCGCGUGCGCCGCACCGCUCAAGGGCCUGGCCAAGCCGUGUGAUGUCAUCUUCAUCGACGCCCACGCGCACGACUCGCUGGCGGCGGGCGCCAAGCUGUCGGGCGCGCGCGUGGUCCGCUUCAGGACGGGCGACGCGGCCCACCUCGAGUCGCUGCUCAAGACCCACAGGGCGGGCGCUGCGGACGCGCUGAUCGUGACAGAGUACGUCUUCAGCGUAGACGGACGCGUCAUGGACGUCGCCAGCUUCCGCCGCCUGGCAGACGAGCACGGCUGCCUGCUGGUGGUGGACGUGGCGCACGGGCUGGGCACUGUGUCGACGCUGCUCGAUGACGUCCGCGCGGCUGACCUUGUCGUGGGGACGUUCAGCAAGACACUGGUCUCCCAGGGCGGCUUCGUCGUCGCGAGCCGCCCGCUCAUCAACUACCUGUCUGCAUAUGGCUUUGUCUUCACCGCCUCCCUCGCCACGCCCAGCGCCGCCGCCGCGCUCGCAGCGCUGCGCGUGCUCCGCGAUGAGCCCUGGCGCGUCGCCGCCCUCGAGCGCAACGUCGCGGCGGCGCGCGCGCGCCUGCGCGCGCGGGGCUGCCGCGUGGCUGAGCGCGGGGGGCCGCUGCUGCACGUCGUGGCUGGGGACGGCGGCGACGGCACCGCGAUGGCGGCGUGGCGGGCCGUGUUUGAGGGCGGGCUUUACGUGCACCCCGUGCUGUUCCCGAUGGCCGCGCGCGGCUCGGGCGGCCUGCGGGUGACGCUGGGCGCGGGCAUGGACGCGGCGGCGCUCGACACGCUCGUGGACGUUGUUGCCGCCGCGGCGGUGGCGGUGGCGACGCCGGGCCAGGCGCCUGAGGGCGGCGCCGCGACUCUGACGGCUGCGCACUGA